UACUAUAGGGAAUACAUGUGGCACAGAGGCUCCGCUGUCGUGCACCUGCUGUGUGUGUGUGUGUGUGUGUGUGUGUGUGUGUGUGUGUGUGUGAGAGAGAGAGGGAGGGGGGAGUUUUCCCAUCUUCCGGCAUUGUACACACUUUUUUACCCAGACCUGGACGUUCGUAAGGACGCAGCGGUGCAUAAAAAACUCAGCAAACGUCGCAACCUUAGAAAGUUUGAGCUGGUACAAGCCAUGGAGACCAUCAACAUGUCCUUUUUGACUGACUCAGAGAGGGAGCUGAUCUUAAAGGUGCUGCAUCGCGAUGAAGAGCUAAGACAGAUAGAGGAACAGCGAGUAAAGAGACUGAAAGCAGAGUUGUUGAAUAUCAGGAGGAAGGGAGCUAAGCGCAGCAAUGGCAGCUACAGCGAGCACAGCUGUGGACGAUGUCAGGAGCCCCUGGGUCGUCUAGUUGCCAACUCCGACCAGUGCCCAGUGUGUAAACACCAAGUGUGCCGAAACUGUCGCUCGUUCCGAGGCAAAGACUUCUGGCUGUGCAGUGUGUGUGCCAAAGAGGCAGAUCUAAAGAUGUGCACAGGCGAUUGGUUCUAUGAUCAGAGGGUUAACCGUUUUUCCACAGCUCCUGGACAUGAUAUAGUGCGAGCCUCCCUCAGGAAGCGGCCUCCAACAAAGAAGCGUGAAACUACAGGGGAAGUGCUGUUGAACAGUCCAGAGUUGAACUCCAGCCAGACUUUACCAGUUCCAAGGCCCAGACUGAAGGAUCUUGCUCUGGGAAAUAAAAGCCCAUCCAGUGAACGCCUGCAGCAGAGUGAAUCAGACAUGGCAGAGACUGCCAGCCUCAGCAGUAGCCGUGCUGACACCGACUCUGUCUGCAGUACUCCAUCGGCACAGCCAUGCAGAAACGAGGUGGUGAACAGGACGAGUGAAUCAUUUUCUAACGCAUCAAGUGUGUCUUCUUCCACUAAACCCCACAGUCCUUCUGGAUCCUCUGUAGGCACUGAAACUUCAUCUUUAGUUCAUCAAAUUAAUACAUCCCCGGAGUCCUUGAAUGAUGUUGAUGGCCUUUUCAAGAAGAGUGUGAGAAGAGUGCAUAAAAUAUCAGAUUUUAAGCCAGCCUCUGUAACGGAUGUACGCUAUGAUGGGACUGAGAACACUGCCGCCUCCAUGGGAGACAGGAGCAAGUCAGUUCCAGGUCUAAACAUGGAUGAAGAGGAGGAGGAAGAGGAUAUUGAUAACUUGGUCAGCAUUCACAGAAGGACUGUGGGUGAAGGCACCACCAAUAUGCGUGGCUCCAGUAGCACUCUGGGAAGCAUGAUGAGUGUAUACAGUGAGGCAGGAGAUUAUGACAUUGUGGAUGUCAGUGGGGAUAUCGUCUUCUCUCUCCGCUAUGAUGAGAGCAUGCAGAGUCUCUCUGUUUUGAUCAAAGAGUGCAGAGGGCUGGCUUACACUGACACUGCCAAAAAGAAGUGCAACCCGUAUGUCAAAUGUUACCUCCUACCAGACAAAUCUCGUCAGAGCAAGAAGAAAACAGCCAUCAAACAUAAUACAAUCAACCCCAGUUACAAUGAGACAUUAAAGUACUCCAUCACUCGCUCCCAGCUGGUGUGUCGUUCUCUUCAGCUCUCUGUGUGGCAUUAUGACCGCUUUGGGCGAAAUGCUUUCCUCGGUGAGGUGGAGAUACCAAUGGACUGCCAUGACAUUAAUUCUGGCCAAGAUGAGUGUUUGACACUCAAAGGAAAGGUGAGCAGUCCUUUGACACAGUCACCAUUUUCCCAGUACAAAGGAGAACUGGUGAUUUCUCUGAAGUAUGUCACAGAUACAAAGGCAGCUGGAGAAAAGCCACGAGGCAAAAAAGCCAAAGUAGAGGAUGGUGGAGAGCUGCAUGUGUUAAUAAAGGAAGCUAAAAAUCUUUGCGCAUUGAAAGCAGGCGGCACAUCCGAUUCCUUCGUGAAAGGAUACCUGCUGCCGUCUACAGGCAAGUCAACCAAGAGAAAGACACAAGUGGUGAAGAAGACUGUGAACCCGCACUAUGACCACACAUUUGUAUACAAAGAUGUGUGUCUGGAGCAGCUAAAGGGAAUGUGUCUGGAGCUCACAGUCUGGGACCGAGAGGCCAUGUCCAGCAAUGAUUUUCUGGGAGGAGUGCGUUUGAGCUCAGGAGCUGUGCGAUUGAAGGAGGGGAAGCAGGAGUGGGUGGCUGACUCAACAGGAGAGGAAGCAUCUUUGUGGCAGAAGAUGAUGCAGUUCCCAGAUUCUUGGGCAGAGGGCAGUCUCCCCCUGCGUUCCUCCAUGGGCAAGCGAAAGUAAAGAUGCUGCCAAUGUGACAACUAGUACUGAGCACCUGGUUUGGUAUCAAAUCCUACACUCCAAUUUUCAAUAUUAUAAACACUACAGACCAGGUGACCACAGGCCAAUUAACUAGAGCUAUGGACUGGAUUUAGAGCUAACAGGUGCAAAUCAGUGCAUUUAUUUUUUUCAUUUCUUUUUUAUGUGUAAACAUUAUGAAAAAUGCAAUAUUGUUAAAAUUAGAAUUAUUAAGGCUAGAAUUAUUCACUGAAUAUAAUGGCACAAAGCUCAGUUACUGUAGGUCCUGACUACAAUGCACAGCUUUUUAAAACAGUUAUAUACAAUGCAUUUAAUAAAUAGUAUAUAAUAUUUUGCACUCUUCCUGUUAGCUGUGAUAUGUACAAAAUACUGAAGAUUAUGAAAUACAUUUAGGUCUAAAAACACACCCAAUAAAAGGGACCUGAAUCUGGUUAAUACAUAGGAUAAUGUUGACAUCUACAAUGUGUGUGACAAACACUAAACAUUUAGAAUGGAGAAUCCUCACAAAGCACAGCUUUGCUGUUCAUGACCCUUAGAAGUGUUGAUCAUUUCUGUCUCAGUCACAAAGGUCUCGGUUUAGCUGCAGCCUCUCUUGUUCCUCCUCUGUGAGAACAUACUCUUCAAUGUAAGUGUAGAGUUCAUCUGAUGUGGUGGGGUUAAUGAAACGUUCACGGUCGACACCAAGUUCGUCAAGCAACACCAUGUUGAAGUGGGAGCUAGUGAUGUGUAGAGCCUGCCUGUAAUUUGCCCACACACAGAACAGAAGAGCGUUUCAUUUAUAUGCUAUUGAUUAUCCUUAAUAGUCAAGUGUUUUAAGAUGAUAGCAAGUGAUACUGCAUAUGUUAUGCAUCUAACCUGAGACCCUCAAUGACCUCUGGCUCUAGAAAUUGUUCUUUAAUUCGGCCCACUUCUUGAGGUGGAAUUCCUAUCAGUUCAAUCACCGUCACAUGUCGAAGAUCCAGCCCACAUCCAGCACUCUAAGAGAUUAACACUGACAUAGUUGAAAUGUAUUUGUAUUGUAUUUAUUUAACAUGCAUUUGUAUGCAUGUAUUUAAUAUAUGUGAAAAUAUGGUUAAUAUAUGGGAAAUAAGUUAAUUGAAGCCUUAAUAGUAACAGACCUGCAGCAUGAUAUUCUGAAGCUUGUAGUACUGGUCACUUGCACUUGGAGUGGACACAAUGAGGAGUCUCCUCUUUUCAUAGAACUGGUCAAGCAGAGCACCAGCAGACCUCACGUCAGUUUUAAUCUCCAUCACUAAAAAAGGUACAGUACCAUUUUUAGUAGGUGACCCUUAUUCCAUUUACUCUCAUCAAAAAUUAACCAAACAAGGAAUUUUGUUUCCUUUUGGGGGAAAACACACUCUCAAAGAAUAUAUCCUCUACACUGAAAUGAAUGUAAACUGUAUAGCAGAUGAAUGUGUGUUUCCCCCGAGGAUUGAAAACAAUACAUCUGCAUAAUAAAAAUAUGUAAUGGAUAAAAUUUAACUGCUUAAAAAUUACAGACUGCAAUUGAAAAAUGUAUUCAAAUAAAUUAGUGUUUUUAAAAAUAGACAUACAUUUUGUAUAGCAAUUCUAGCUGUAUGCCAGAUGUUUCCUGUAAAAUCCACCAUUGCUACCUGCAAGUUAACAUUAUUUCACCGUGUAAAGUAUUUUAUGCGUUAUGAAAAUGUGCAAUUUUUUUAUGAUCAUCAUAUGCAAAUUACAAAAUAUUUUGUAUAUCAAAUAAAUCAUGUAUCUAUAAAAAUAGUGCCACAAGCUGUA